GCGCGCGUUUGUCUGUGGGUUUCCAAGAGCCAAAACCUACAAAGAAGUCCAAGUUCUCAGCAUCUCAGUGAUUGCUCCCAAAGUCAAUGGCAGAAACGCCCAACGUCAUUCACGAACCGCCGUCUCUGCCGAGCUCCCCACACCACAAGAAGACAAAGCUGAUUGACCCAGCGCCAGCCGCACCUUCAAUCGCCAGCGCGCUGUUUGUCGACAAGGACAAGGCAGGACGAAGAUCAGCUAUUAUGGCUCAGAGUCUCGACUCCCCGCCAGCCCUGCAGGUGCAAUUGCUAGGACCCAAAGGCAGAGCUCCAACGCGGGGAAGCGCCUUUGCAGCCGGAUACGACCUGUACAGUUCAGAAGACACCACGGUUCCAGCCCGUGGCAAAGCCAUGGUCGCAACCAGCAUUGCAAUUGCAGUACCGCCCGGAACUUAUGGCAGGGUUGCUCCGCGCUCAGGUCUUGCAGCCAAGCACAGCAUAGACACCGGCGCCGGUGUCAUCGACGCCGAUUAUCGAGGCGAGGUGAAGAUCAUCUUGUUCAAUUUGAGCGACACAGACUUCGCGAUCAAGGAGGGCGAUCGCAUUGCGCAGCUGAUCAUCGAACGCAUUCUUACGCCAGAAGUCAUGGUUGUCGAGAAACUGGAAGAAAGCGUCCGGGGUGCUGGGGGAUUUGGUAGCACAGGCGGGUUUGGUGUUGGUGGAUCAACUGUAACUGGAGUUUGAAGUAGACGGUACAAAAAGAGUUCCCGCCCAAGCCUCCACCUCCGAGUCCUGCCAGUCAGACAUGAGACGCCAACGUAAGCGCGUAGCCGCGUUGUGUGGGUAAUCGUAUGAUUCAGGGCGGUGUUCGCUGACUCGAGAAAACUUAAAAAAGGGCCAUGUAUCAACGCCAGCGAAAAGCAAUGAAGCAUGGACGCACAGGAUCACAAGAGACGUUCUGGCGCACAGCAGAAUCCUUCACGCAAAACCGCUCAACCGUUCGGCAGCCGUCCCGCGGCGGGUUGUACGACGGGAUUUCACACAACCGCAGUCAUGACGAAGUCGCAG